GUGGAAGAAGAAGAGGAAGGAAAGGAGAUUGGAAAAGGAUUGGGAGGAUGCUGCAUUUGGAGACACCAACCUUAUAGCAUUUAAUUCAGGCUAUUUUAUGAUCUGGGUUCUUUUUCUUCUUUUUCUUAAGCCAUUUUAGUAGAUAUUUUUGCUUGAAAAGAGAGAAAAAUUGGAUUUUUAGGGGUGUUAUGCAGUAAAAGUUCAAGCUUUUUUUUUAUUUUUUCAUGUUGGUUGGGUGAAAAAUUGCAGCUUUUUGGUGUUUAGAUUUGUGGAUGAGUUGGUAAUGUUUGGAGAUUAGGGCAAAUUUGAUCAUUGUGCACCAAGCUCUGAGUGGACUACACAUUGUUGCUACUUUUGAUGUCAAUUGAUUUCUUAGCAAGAAGUUGACAAAGAUUGAAGCUUCUGCUUCUGCUUCUGAGAUCUUCAGAAGAUCUUCAGAAGAUCUUCAGAAAUUUGCUGUUUUGCUCCUUCAAGUUUGUGAAUUUGAGCUGUUGGAAGCAGGAAAAAAAUGGCAGGUUAUGGCUACACAGACCCAUCACUUCCAGAAGACUCACCCCCCUACUCUUCUUCUACUUACUUUCCACCUCCUCCACAAACUUCUUCUUCUUCUUCUUCUCCUUCACCACCUCCUCCUCAUUCCCAUCACAAUGCAAAGCACUUCUCUCCGCCGCCGCCGCCGCAGCUUGCGAAUUCCUCUUCACCUCCACCUUUAGCCUCUUCACCCCUCCCUUACAAUAGCCCUCCUCCUCCUCCCUCUUUUCCACCACCACCACCUCAAAAUUACUCACCCCCACCCCCACCUCCUCCUCCUACAUUGUCUCCUCCACCUCCCGCCCUCGCCCCUUCGGCUUCCCCGCCGCCGUCCCCCUCUUAUACUUCGGCUCCGCCUCCCUAUUCGAACGAACCGCGCAUAUAUCCGUCCCCUCCGCCGCCAUUCGCUAUACCUCCGCCGCCAAUUUCCCCGUCUCCCUCUCCUUCCGAGGCUCCCUAUUCCCCUAUUAGUCCUUCGGUGCCGCCGCCUUCGGUGCCCCCUCCUCCCAGGCAUAGUAGUCCGCCGAGGCCCGCCAAUAAACCGCAAACUCCGCAUCGCCCAAUCCCCCCAAAGUCGAUCAAUUCUAGCGCGAUUUCGACUGUAGGGAUUGGAAACAAUGAUUCGGCGAAGAACAUUGUAAUAUCUCGCGAAACCGCGGCCACCGUUGCCGUUAUAACGGGCCUCGUGAUGCUUAGUUUUAUCGGCGCAGCUGUGUGGCUCGUGAAGCAACGGCGGCGGCUGGAAGCUCCUGUUGUAUAUGCUGCAAAUUUCGUGCCUUCGCCUUCGCAAGUUUCAGAUACAACAUAUCAAAGAUCGCCGUUGUAUCCUUUCAUGAAACACAGCUCGGGAAGUUACGGAUUUCCUUACUCGCCAUCAGAUGCAGGGUUAGGCCUUUCGAAGCUGUGGUUUACAUUCGAAGAGCUAUCGAUGAUCACAAACGGCUUCUCAAGGCAGAAUCUUUUGGGUGAAGGUGGAUUUGGUUCCGUGUAUAAAGGAUGCUUUCCCGAUGGCAGAGAAGUGGCCGUGAAAAAGCUAAAAGCUGAAGGUGGACACGGCGAGCGUGAAUUUAAGGCCGAAGUUGACACUAUCAGCCGGAUUCAUCAUCGGCAUCUUGUUUCGCUAUUAGGCUACUGCUCAUCAGAAAACGAAAGGAUGCUCAUCUACGAUUAUGUUCCUAAUAAUACACUUUAUUAUCAUCUUCAUGGAAAAGGAACACCGGUUAUGGAUUGGCCGACAAGGGUUAAGAUCGCUGCUGGUGCAGCUCGUGGAAUUGCAUACCUCCAUGAAGAUUGCCAUCCUCGGAUUAUUCAUAGAGAUAUAAAGUCCUCCAACAUUUUACUCGAUAAUGACUUCGAAGCUCAGGUUUCGGAUUUUGGACUCGCAAGGUUAGCCAUGGAUCCCAACGCGCAUGUGACUACACGUGUAAUGGGAACAUUUGGGUAUUUGGCUCCGGAAUAUGCAUCUUCCGGCAAGUUGACUGCUAAAUCAGAUGUUUAUUCAUUUGGGGUUGUUCUCUUAGAGCUUAUUACCGGCCGAAAGCCUGUCGAUACAUCUCAACCUUUGGGAGACGAGAGCCUCGUUGAAUGGUCUCGACCAUAUCUGAUACGAGCACUUGCAAAUCGAGAUUUCGGAGCUCUACCCGAUCCUCGACUUGAAAUGAACUUCGAUGGAAACGAGAUGUACUGCAUGAUCGAAGCAGCAGCUGCAUGCAUUCGGCAUUCAGUUGCGAUGCGACCUCGAAUGGGACAGGUGGUGAGAGCUCUAGAUAGUUUAACCGACUCGGAUUUAACCAACGGAGUCAAGCCGGGUCAGAGCGAAGUAUUCUUAGAACCGCAAUCGGAAGAGAUUCAAAUGUUCCGGAUGAGGGAAUUUAACAGCCCCGACUACAGCUGCGAGACGAGCCAAUCUAGCUGGGGUCGUCUGAGAGAGUUGUAAACAGAUUCCCUUCAUCCUCAAGAACUUAUGUUCAUUAUAUUUUUUUCUUGUAAUUAGUUUUCUUUUCUUUUUUUUUUUUUCUCUUUACAUCAUUGGAAUAAUUCCCAUUCUUAGUUGUACAAAUCUUUAAUUAAAUGUUUAUUCCAAAAUUUUGGAAACCUUCUUCA